AACCAACUGAAUAUGAAAUAGAACUUGCAGAACAAUUAAGUAGUAACUUGAAAAUAUCCAGUAACACAUUUGGCCUUCAAGAAAAACUACUUAAUAAUCAAGAGUUUAAAAUGAAUUUUUGGAAUUUUGUUUAA